AUCAAUUCCAUAGAUUUCUUCAUCGUCAUGGAUUUCAACAGCUCAAAGCCUUUCUCUUCCAAAAGAAAGCAGCGUAAGCAGCAGCAACCUCAGCAACAGCAAGAAGAAACGAGAUACUUGGGAGUAAGGAGGAGGCCAUGGGGUCGAUACGCAGCCGAGAUAAGAAACCCUUCCACAAAACAAAGGCAUUGGCUCGGCACGUUCGACACGGCUGAGGAUGCCGCCUUGGCCUACGAUCGUGCAUCUCGCUCCAUGCGUGGCCCCAAGGCUCGAACCAACUUCGUCUACUCCGAUAUGCCGGCUGGAUCAUCCGUCACCAAUAUCAUCUCCCCCGAUGAAUCACUUCAUCACAUGUCGUCCAUUUUUCCCACUAAUCAAACCGAUGCUAACCAGUACCCGCUUUUCUUCAACCAAGACCCUUUCGAUGUAAGCCAGUUUUGUUCCGGAUCACCAGCGGAAAGCGAUGCGUUUGAGCCUUACAGGCCCAUUACUGGACUCAUGGAUGCUGGAAAUGGUGGUUCUCUACAGUUCAGGGACGACUCUGAGCUGCCACCUUUGCCUCCUGAUGUCUCCUCCACUUGUUACGGGUACGGCUCGGGUUCAGAUAUGGGUUAUGAAGCUUGGAAUAACACAGGCCUUUUCGGGUUAUCGGAUCAAACCCCAAAUGGGUUUGACUCAGGAGUGAAUCUGGGCUUUAACUCAUACGAGUUGGAGCAGCAGCACAGCUCACUCUUCGGGACGAUUCCAGCCGUUCCUGAUACGGUCACUGACACAUUUGAUUUUACUCCAUCGUCGGGUUACUUCUUUCAAUAA